GGCACCUGGCGCAACUGGCAUAGCUGGCAAAGCUGCUUGCUCUUCUGUAGUAGCGGAUAAAUAUCACCAUCAAACCACUACAAACUUAUUCCCCCACGACUCCAGCUGAUUAAUCUUUGAUAUUUUUAACAACCGCUGCAUGGCAUUUAAAAUCAUUGUCAUCCUCAGCUAGAUUUACUUUUUGUAUUUCAUCCUCGUUUCUAACUCACCAGCCCACUACACCUCGUCUACCACAAGCAACCACACAAAUGCCCUCCUCCUCAAAACCCGUUGCCCUUAUCGUAGGCGCAUCACGAGGCAUCGGUCGCCAAGUUGCCAUUGACAUUGCCGCCAACGGAUACGCAGUCGUCGUGGCCGCCAAAACCGUCUCAGACCCUUCCAAGCCCAUCCCCAAGAACCCCAACCCCAAAUCCCAGGAAUCGACAAUCACCACUGUCACCCAGGAGAUCCGCAAUGCCGGCGGCGAAGCUACCGCCAUCCAGGUCGACGUGCGAUCUGAAGAGAGCGUCCAGGCCCUCGUCGACAAGACCAUUGCUACAUAUGGCCGUCUAGACGUCCUUGUUUACAACUCGGGUGCCAUAUACUGGGCGUCCGUAGCAGACACACCGCUCAAGCGAUUCCAGCUCAUGCAGCGCGUCAACCCAGAGGGCCUCUACGCCGUCAUCCAAGCUACGCUGCCCCAUCUCCGUGCUGCCCGUGGCCGCAUCGUCGUCGUCUCGCCUCCCAUCUACAGCCGCUUCUUCCGCGGAAAGACAGCCUACGCCAUGGGCAAGGUCGGUAUGAGUGUGCUGACCAAGGGCCUUGCCAUGGACUUUGUCCGCGAGGGUCUGACCGACAUGGCCAUCACCAGUAUCUGGCCUGCUGUUGCUGUUGAAUCUGCUGCCACAGAGCGCAUGACCAAGACAAACCCAGAGGAGGAGCGUGAUCUGCGCAAGCCCACCAUCUUCUCGGAUGCCAUCCUGGCCAUCAUCCGCGCAGACCCAGCCACUGUCAAUGGUGAGCUCGUUCUCGACGAAGACUUCCUUCGCGACCAUUGCGGCGUAACAGACUUUUCCAAGUACAAUGUCGUCGAGGGCUCCAAUCCCCGCCGCAUCAUGCCCGCCAAGUUGCCAUCUCUGCGUGUGGCCGAGCAAGACGACGAAGGCAAGAGAAUGGACAGCACCAAGCUCGCCAAAUUGUAAAGUACUAGGAGUAGAAUACGGGCAUCUGGACGACAAGGGUUCGUCUUGUUGAUGUGAUAAAACAAUUUGACAACGAUAGCGAUCUUCCUUUUAUUUAGUAUAAAAUAUACGUGGAUUUAAUAUCUAAUAUUCUCUUUUGGUGGUUUUUUUUCUCUUCCUCUUCUUCUCACACUCUUGUAUACAAAACGCACAGAUAACUUUCACAACAAGCCUAGUACACGCAGCCAAAGACUCUAGGAAAACAAACGACAACUGUCCAAAAACAUAAAACAAUACAAAAUCUCCAACGCCUGCCUGUCUGCCUAAUCCAUUAUACAUUUUCCUUUGGCUCAUCCACCCCAAUACCAAAAGGCCUCGCCGCACAAUUGUGGCAAUAUCCCUUAGUGGUUAUCCAUAUCGAUGGAUUGCAUCGCGGAAACAGUCAUGCCAGAUCGCUGGCUUGGUGUCCAGUCGCCUUGGAUGCCAUCGAUAUCGGGCAUUGCUUGGUUGAUGGCGGAGUCGACGGCUGUCAUCGCCUUGGUGCGGUUCCACUCGCCUCUCGUCAUCCAGAUGGCAUCCAUCAGCUCGCGGUUCAGAUACUCCAUCUGCUCAAUGGUGCAUUUGGACGUGUACGUGACGAUGCUGUCAAGCGUUGCGUCCAGGUCAGACUGUCGAAUCUCAAUUACCUGCUGGCUGGCUUUUUCCUCUUCUGUUGCCACGCGCGCAGAUGUCGGCGACACGUAGGACGACUGCUGGCUGGCAUUCUGCUCGCGCAAAGCGGGCACUUGAGAAUGAAUCCAUGAUUCUUGCGUCGAAGGCGUGCGGUUCAGCGUGUCCGGAAGGUCCCGAUCGCCACUGCUGUGAUGCCCAUUGGUGGCUGGGGUGCCAAAGUUGGAUGAUCGUUUCUCGGACGGGUCUGAAGUCUUUGUAGUCGCCGCAUCGUUGAUCACAGCAGAGGGGGACAUGCCUGGCGGCAGUGGUGUGACUGCAGACUGCUGGGAGAUUUGUGUCAUGCCUGUGCCGCCGAAUCGGUCUUGCGACUUUGGUGGUGGUCCCAUAGGCGAUACCAAUUGCGAGGCCUCUUCCAUGCCACUCAUCGUCACAUCACCUUCGUGGUGAAUGAUGGUUGGGGCGCCAUUGCUAAGCUGCGACGGGUGUGAGGUGCUCUGGUCCAUUGCUGCCUGUGUCUUAAGCUGGAACUGCGCUGUCGUGGUAGAUCCCGGAACAAUCUCUCCUAGAGUCACAGGCUCUUGAGUCUCGCUGUCGUUACCAGUGAUAUCCGAUUGGACUCUAUCCAAGAUGGACUGCAUGGCGGCUUUCUUUCGCCCCUUCUCUGCGGCCUGCUUGGCCCUCUCGACCUGUCGCUGGUAUAGUGCCUCCCAGUCGAUUGCUGCGCUGUUGGCCUCAAUCGUGGCAAUAUCCACUUCCACAUUGCUUAGCAACUCGUUGGCCUUGAGGGUACGCUCCUUGUCGCCGAUAUUCUUGGCAUCCUUUGCCAGUGCUCGAAUGUCAAAGAGGAAGUCUUGUGGGCGGCAGUAGAAACCAUUGGACAAACGUUCCUCAAUCGUCGUGGUGUCGAGAUUGUAAAACGUCUUGCCUGUAAGGCUAUCCCUCAACACGUCAUUGUUGUGCUUGUCCUUGACGAUGGUGUAAGGCCGAGUCUCGGCUUCUGCAAUGUCGGGUCGGACAAAAUUAGGGUCUGACUCAACAAACAGAUAUUCAAUCUGAGAUGGUGCGAUCACCGGCUGGCGGAAUUUCUUGUAUUUGCGGUUAAUUUGGUCCAUGAUGGGCUGCAGGUGGACUUUGAGGCCGUUGAGCCACUGGUGAUCCUGCUUCUUUUGUGCCUUCAUUUCUGCCUUGCUUGGAGGUUUGGGGGCAAUUCGAGGCGCCAAAGGAAGUUCCUCAAGCUUUCGCUUCUUGCGGUUUUCGUUAUCGGGGAACUCUCCUGGAUUCUUCUUCACCAAAUUUAGCGUGUUGGCAAAGUAUGCCCGGCGCUCCGCAGUGCCAGGGCUGUCAAUUAGGGCUCGACUCUUGGCCGAAGUACUGAAGAAAUCACGCCAAACAUCGCUUCCUCGCAGUUCAUCGUCGGAGCACUCUGCAGUACCAAGAAGGAGGACGGGGUCAGUUGGCGGAAUGGACUUGAGCAUAGUCUUGAACGUAACGAGGGCAAUCGAAGAAGCAAGUGUCGCGUACCAGUCGUCGAUAUUGGGGAUGAAGAUAAUGCUAGGUUUAUGGCGUCUGGCUUCUGCAAAUAGGCCGACAAUAACCUGCUCGAUGGGCUAUUUAUGCAAUAUUAGUAAACUGUUGGCGGCAAGGAAAGUGUACGGAAACUUACUCGGCCGUCACCUAAAAGCGUAGGAAGGUCAAAAUUUUGCACAUGCACACCCUCAAGGUAGUGCAGAAGCGCAGAAGACAGGUAACCAUGGCCCAUACCUGGUGGUCCAUAAACAAGAAAUCUUGGUCGGUAAACGCGAGCUCUUUCAAAUUCCUGAGCGAGGUUUUCACGGGCAAAACCGUGGUCGCUAUCAUUGUACUGCUCAAACAUAGCCUCUUCAAGGGCAGUAAUCUUCUUCUUGGGAGGCAAAAUCAACUCCAAACUCUGCUUCAGGCGCAAAAACUGCUUCUCAAGCAGUGGGCGAAUGGCGGCGGGCAGCGGGCGAGCACCAGACGUGGCAGAGCGUUCCGAGGAUGGGAUGAGCUUCUUAAUGGAGAUCAUAAAGUCGGACGAGUGAACGUUGAUUUUGGAUGGAUCGACCAACAGCUUUUCCUUUGACGAAUAAAUUUGAGGAUAGGUUCGUUGGAUUGAGUUUAGCGCAGCUUCGGUGCAGAGGGCUCUCAGAUCAGCACCGCCAUAGCCUUUUGUCUUUUCAGCAAGAGAUCCCUUGAACUCGUCGCUUAGACCCCAGUCCUUGGUAUGGAUGUUGAUGAUUGAGCGUCGGCCUUUGAUAUCUGGGAGAGGGAAGUAGAAUUCUCUGUCAAAUCGACCUGGGCGACGGAGGGCAGGGUCAAUGUUGUCGGGCCUGUUUGUGGCACCAAUGACAAUAACUUGACCGCGGCCGUCCAUUCCGUCCAUGAGUGCAAGCAAGGUCGAUACAAUAGAAGCAUGGAUCUGCUCUUGCUUGCUGGAUCGUACCGGUGCCAGACCAUCAAUCUCGUCAAAGAAGAUAAUGCUAGGCUGCGUCUUUCGAGCCUCUUCAAACAGAAGACGCAAUUGCUUCUCUGCUUCACCAACCCAUUUACUCAGAGCAUCAGCACCCUUACGCAUAUAGAAUGAAAUCUUUUUGCCACCAGCACCAACAGAGUUAGCCAGCGCUCGCGCAAGCAGUGUUUUACCAGUACCGGGAGGGCCAUGGAACAAGACACCUCGUGGAGGAGUAACAUGGAAUCUGGUGAAAAGCUCUGGGUACAACAGUGGAAGCUGGACCAUUUCCUUGAGUUGGUCAAUAUGCCCUUCAAGGCCUCCAACUUUGCUGAAGUCGACAUUCAUAUCGACACCCAGAGGGUCCGCAUCGGCAAGGGCUUUACGAUCUUUGAUCUUGCCAACAUUGGGAGCGCCAUCCAUGUUGGGCGGGCCAAAACCAGGCAAGAGGCCACCUGGGGCUGCUGAGGUAGGCGUCAUACCGACGUUGCCAGCAACAGUCGCGCGGUGUACCAUUUCAUCGUCACUGCUGUCUGAGUCGGCAGCACCUCCAGCGGCCCCAGUUCCCCAAGGUCCAUUAAGGAGCGAGCCAGCGCCGCUGGCACCACCAAAGGGGCCGUAUGUAGUAUUGAGGUUGCGCUCCCAUAAUGUGCUAGCGGCGCCUCGUCGACGGUUUCGCGCAGGGGUGGCAGCAGCAUCGUCCACCUCGUCUUCUUCAAUGUUGGCGGAAGUCAGUGGCGGCAUGUAGUAAUUAACUCUGGGUCGCGCUCGACGUGUGCUCUCGUUGUAUGAGACGGGUGAUUCACGGCGUCGGCGCCGAGAUGCCUUUUUGAGCUCGCGAGCCUCCUCAUUGAGCUCAUCCAUGUCCAUAUCGGGUUCUUCGUCACCAGAAUCCCCCCCGGCGCGUGAGCGCGUCUUUGAUCGUCUCGCAGCGGGUGUAGGACUUUCAAGAUCCUCCAAUUCAUCGUCAUCUUUUUCGGACACUUCGUUGUCAGCAUUGGGUUCCCAGUCAUCGCUGCUUUCAUCUUGAUUCGACUUUUUGCUCUUAUGCCUUAGGCGUCGGGAUCUACCCUCCUCACUAGGGCGAACAUCGUCCUGUUCCUCAGCAGGGCCACUGGCGCGACGCGAGCGGCCACGUCUAGUAGCGACUACAUCGUCGUCGUCGUCAUCGUCUGCAUCGGCCGCCUUGGCACUAUAAUCUUCAUCUUCCUCCUUUUCGGCGGCAUCCUCAUCAUCAUGCUCUUCCUGCUUGGGAGGCAUGUCGUCGUAGGCAUCCAUUUCGUCGUCGGAUUCGGCAAAUUUGGGCAUGCUGCUCUCUUGUGUAGCCUCAUCUAUAGUCUCGGGAGCAUCGUGAACGACUUUGGAAGCGCGAGAAGAGCGACGCGCCAUGGCCUGGGGGCUAUGACUGCGAGAGUCUCUAGAGGGCACAGCGUGGUGACCAGACUUGGAAAGCUCGACAAAGUCAUCCUCGUCAUCGGUGGCGGCAGCCCUAGUUGUGCGGCGACCCAUGUUAAGCAAAGCUCCUUUAGAAACUUUAAGCUUUACAAUGCGGGAUGCGGUAGGUGUGUGAUGCUCGCUGAUAUCGUCGCCGGCGAGGGAAUCUUCUUCGUCCGAUUCGGAGUCUUCGCUGCUUUCGUGGUAAUUGUGCUUGCUUACGGCAACCUUUCUUGUGCGACGACCGGCAGCGUUUUUGGGGGCGUCUUCGUCUUCCGAGUCUUCAAUGAAAGAGCCAAAGUCGCUGUCGUUGAGCAGCUCGUUUGCGUCGUCGUCAAUGUCUGAGCCGCGAUAGCCCCGGCGCUUCUUGCGGUGGGUAGGUGGGCCUUUGGAGGAGCGGCUCUUCUUUGUGCUUCGACGGGGUCCGGGUGCGUUGGGAUCAAAGUCUUCGUCGUUGGAGUCGGAUUCGUUGGGAUCAAAGUCGAAGAUUCUCUUGCGCUUGCUGGACAUAGUUGGUGUGCGAUGCGCGUGAAGGGGCGAGCUGUCGACGCCAGCUCAGCCUUUGGACACGACUACACGAGCGGGAAGGAAGAAAAUGUCGAAGCAAAAGGGAUAUUGGCGCUUUGAAUUAGGCCGUCAUCCAGGGCAAUUGUUUUUUAUCAAUGCCACGAUGGGAAUUGGAUGAGUUGUUGGCAGAUCUCAAGGUUCCGUGGUGAUGGACGGGGUAGGGCGGACGAGCUCUUGGGCGCGUCACUCUCGCGGCAGAAUACUGGACUCACGUGCAAGCGUAGGCAGUUGAGUGGAACCACGAGAGAGAGACGCGUUGAUGGGCGACCUUGGGUUAAACAAGGUGAUAACGAG